CGUUUGCGUUUGCGUUUGCGUUUGCGGAAGGUGUUUUUUGUAGUGGGAGGCUUGCUGUACCCUGACUUUCAGUUUGAAUAUCCGUGCUCCAUUUGGCGAUUACUGCGGCGGAUUUCUCGGCUCAAAGCGCUUUCUAGCCCCCCGUCAGAGUGGAUUUCUGUAUCAGCAAAGUCUUAGCUUGGGUUACUGGAUCUGUCACACCAUCGAAGAACUGCAUUUUAUUACGGCUGCAGCGUGUCAUUUUGUAUACCCACGGCUGUAGUGUACUCUCGAGAGUAUUUCAACAGGGUUUCAGCAACAGCAAGAAAAGGUAUCCCAGGGCAUCGAACGCUCCUAGGUACCCUUGCAGGCUAUACCGCCAAACGGUCUCAAGAAACCAAGCUUCAACCAAUCAACCUUCUCUAUCAAGCUCCUCCAACAUGCCUAUAAGAUCCCGAUGGCAAAUCGAAGUUCCUCGCAUCUCACUUCCCACCUACCUUUUCGACUCACCCACCGCGCCUCUGCCCACAACUUCUGCUCUCAUCUCAACCGCAAAUCCAGACAACCAUUUUCUGAGCCAUGCCGGCUACCGUCUGUGGUCCCAACGGCUGGCACUCGGUCUCCAACGGGCUGGGCUCGCGCAAGGAGAACGCGUGCUGCUCUUCUCAGGCAACUCUGUGUUUUUCCCCGUGGUAAUACUGGGGAUCGUCAUGGCUGGCGGCAUCUUUACAGGUGCCAAUCCGUCUUACGUGGUCAGAGAGCUAGCUUACCAACUCAAAGACAGUGGGGCGAAGUUCCUGAUUUGCUCAGAGGCCAGCCUUGCUACGGGGAUUGAAGCUGCGAAAGCGGUUGGACUGAGCGAGGACAAUGUCUUUGCUUUCGAUGACGGGGCCGCGACAUUCGAGGGGCGAGGGAAGAGUAGAGGGAAUAUCCGGCACUGGACGACUCUGUUGGCAUCCGACGACGACGGACGUGGAUUUGCGUGGGAAAACCAGGAUACGGACGAUUUCCUCAAUCGGACUAUCGUUUUGAACUACUCCUCGGGAACUACAGGUGUGCCAAAAGGAGUCAUGAUAACGCACCGCAACUACGUCUCCAAUUGCGUUCAGGGGAUCCACGUCUUUUCCCUGGACCUGGAGUAUAAAGCAAAGAUUGCAAGAAGCCGGCAACUUUGUGCUUUGCCAAUGUACCAUGCGAUGGGACAGGUGCUGUUUUGUUUCCAAGGCCCCGUCCAGCGGGUUCCCAUCUUCAUAAUGCCGAAAUUUGAUUUGAUUGCCAUGCUUGAGGCGGCGCAGAAUUUCCGGAUUACAGAUCUGCUCAUCGUGCCGCCUAUUAUAGUCGCCAUGGCGAAACAUCCCGCGACGCGCAAGUUCGAUCUUAGUGCUGUUGAGCGCGUCAUCAGUGCUGCAGCGCCGUUGGGAAGGGAGGUUUGCAAAGAAUUUGAAAAGCUAUGGAAGAACGGAAGUGUGAAUGUGAAGCAGGCAUGGGGAUUGACCGAGCUGACCCUGACGGGUUGCACGUUCCACCCAGCGACUAUCUCCACGUCAAAUGCUGUUGGAGAACUGGCACCGAACUGUGAAGUUAGGAUUGUAAGCGAUGAGGACGGGCUACACGAGGUGAAACACGGCGAACGAGGCGAAGUGUGGAUCCGCGCGCCGAGUGUCAUGAAGGGUUAUUGGAGAAACACAGAAGCGACAAAGGAGACCAUAACAAAAGACGGAUGGCUAAAAACGGGUGACAUUGGGCGUUUCGACGAGACAAACCACCUUUACAUAGUGGAUCGGAAAAAAGAAUUGAUUAAGGUCAAAGGUCUUCAGGUUGCGCCCGCAGAAAUCGAGUCUUUACUAUUGGAACAUCCCGCUAUAGCAGAUGUAGCAAUAAUAGGAGUGACAGUGAAAGGCGAAGAGGCUCCUCGAGCCUAUGCUGUGUUACAGCAGGGUUCAAUGGCGACGGCCAAAGAAAUUCAAGAUUGGGCAGCCGAAAGAGUUUCCCGGUUCAAAAGGCUGACUGGAGGUGUGCGCUUCGUCGAAGCUAUCCCGAAGAAUCCCUCUGGGAAGAUACUAAGAAAGGUACUCCGUGACCAGGCAAGAGCUGAGGGAGGUGACUCGGAACCUCGAGAAUCGAAGCUAUAAAGCACGGUCGUAGGCGGACAGCUGUAGAAGUAGUAGAAUGUACAAAAUUGACGUGGC